GCUUUGUUGAUCUUGUUACUGAAGCUGUGAACAAGAGACGCCUAGUAUUUGUAAGUAGUGCUGGCAACAAUGGCCCAGCAUUGACAACAGUUGGUGCACCUGGUGGAACAACUUCCAGUAUCAUUAGUGUUGGUGCAUAUGUUUCUCCUGCAAUGGCAGCUGGGGCCCAUUCGGUGGUGGAACCUCCCAGUGAGGGGCUUGAGUACACUUGGUCAAGCCGGGGGCCAACCUCUGAUGGGGAUCUUGGUGUAUGCAUAAGUGCACCUGGUGGGGCUGUUGCUCCUGUUCCUACAUGGACGCUUCAAAGACGCAUGCUCAUGAACGGAACAUCGAUGUCAUCUCCUUCUGCCUGUGGAGCAAUUGCGUUACUUUUAAGUGCUAUGAAGGCUGAAGGCAUCCCAGUUAGCCCGUACAGUGUAAGAAGGGCCCUUGAAAAUACAUCAACUCCGGUAGGUGAUCUACCUGAGGAUAAACUAACUGCUGGACACGGGCUAAUGCAAGUUGAUAAGGCAUAUGAAUAUUUGAAACAGUUUAAGGACUAUCCCUGCGUAUUUUAUCAGAUAAAGGUCAAUCUCUCGGGGAAAACAACUCCAACAUCACGGGGCAUCUACCUGCGGGAGGCUUCUGCGUGCAGACAAUCUACAGAGUGGACCGUACAAGUUGACCCGAAGUUCCAUGAAGGUGCAAGUAAUUUAAAGGAACUUGUGCCUUUUGAAGAAUGCCUUGAGUUGCACUCCACAGACGAAGAAGUUGUACGGGUUCCUGAUUAUCUACUUCUCACUCAUAACGGACGUAGCUUCAACGUUGUUGUGGACCCCACAAAUCUUGGGGAUGGUGUGCAUUACUUUGAAGUUUUUGGAAUUGAUUGCAAAGCUCCACAGCGUGGUGCUCUUUUCAGAAUCCCGGUGACAAUAAUAGUUCCCAAGACUGUGGCAAAUCGACCUCCAGUUAUUUCAUUUCAAGAAAUGUCUUUCGUCUCAGGCCACAUUGAACGGAGGUAUAUGGAAGUACCACAUGGAGCGACAUGGGCUGAGGCUACAAUACGGACUUCAGGGUUUGAUACUACACGGAGAUUUUAUAUUGAUACCCUUCAGCUUUGCCCAUUGCGAAGGCCUAUCAAGUGGGAGAGCGCAGCAACUUUCGCAUCUCCCUCUGCUAAAAGUUUUGCGUUUCCUGUGGUUAGUGGUCAAACAAUGGAACUAGCUCUAGCUCAGUUCUGGUCCAGUGGCCUUGGAAGUCGUGAACCAACUAUCGUUGACUUUGAGAUCGAAUUCCACGGAAUUGGUGUCAAUAAAGAAGAAUUGAUACUUGAUGGAAGUGAAGCACCAAUAAAAGUUGAAGCUGAAGCACUAUUGGCAUCUGAAAAACUCGUUCCCGUAGCUGUUCUGAACAAGAUACGAGUUCCAUAUCAACCUGUUGAUACACAACUCAAGACUCUAUCAACUGGGCGCGAUAGACUACUGUCGGGCAAACAGAUACUAGCAUUGACAUUAACCUACAAGUUCAAAUUAGACGAUGCAGCUGAAGUGAAACCUUAUAUACCCUUAUUGAACAAUCGCAUAUAUGACACUAAGUUUGAGUCCCAAUUUUAUAUGAUCUCUGAUGCCAACAAGCGUGUAUAUGCAACGGGUGAUGUUUAUCCGGAGUCUUCCAAACUUCCCAAGGGAGAAUAUAAACUUCAGCUGUAUCUAAGGCAUGAAAAUGUGCAGUUGCUGGAAAAGUUGAAGCAGCUCACUGUGUUUAUUGAAAGAAACAUGGGGGAGAUUCGGCUGAACUUACACUCUGAACCAGAUGGUCCAGUCACAGGAAAUGGUGCCUUUAAAUCUUCUGUUCUAAUGCCAGGGGUGAAGGAAGCAUUUUAUCUGGGCCCACCAACUAAGGAUAAGCUACCCAAGAAUACUCCCCCGGGAUCUGUGUUGGUGGGAGAAAUAUCAUAUGGGAAAUUGUCAUUUGAUGAUAAAGAAGGGAGGAAUCCAACGGAUAACCCUGUAUCUUAUCCGAUAUCAUUUGUGGUUCCACCAACUAAGCCUGAGGAAGACAAGAAGGUAGUUUCUUCUACAAAAAGCUGUGAAUCAGUAUCAGAACGCUUGGAACAAGAGGUUCGAGACACAAAGAUCAAAUUUCUUGGGAACCUUAAACAAGAAACUGAGGAAGAGCGUUCAGAGUGGAAAAAGUUGUGUGCCUGUCUCAAGUCUGAAUACCCAAGCUACACUCCGUUGCUUGCUAAGAUCUUGGAAGGUUUGUUAUCUCGGUCUGAUGGUGGGGACAAAAUCAGCCAUCACGAAGAGAUUAUUGAUGCUGCAAACGAAGUAGUGCGCAGUGUUGACGUAGACGAGUUAGCAAGAUUCUUGCUAGACAAAAGUGAACCAGAAGAUGAUGAAGCUGAGACUUUAAAGAAAAAAAUGGAGAUGACCCGUGACCAACUAGCAGAAGCACUAUACCAGAAAGGGUUAGCCAUGGCGAGAAUCGAGAAUCUGAAGGGUAAGAAGGAAGAAGAAGAAGGAAGUAGCCAAAAGGAUAAGUUCGAAGAGAAUUUCAAAGAACUGACAAAAUGGGUUGACGUGAAAUCAUCCAAGUUCGGCACUCUCACUGUUCUAAGAGAGAAACGGCUCUCACGACACGGGACCGCAUUGAAGGUACUUGAUGACUUGAUCCAAAACGAGAACGAGACUGCUAAUAAGAAACUAUACGAACUUAAACUGGGUUUGCUGGAGGAGUUAGGUUGGAGUCAUUUGGUUACGUAUGAGAAGCAGUGGAUGCAAGUUCGUUUCCCUACAACCUUACCUCUCUUUUAGUUGUUCUUCUUAAUGCUUCAUUUUCCGUUCAAUAAAAGGCGUUUGUUCUCAAACCCAAACCUACUUGUUUCAUUUUCUCUGUAUGUUCCAAUAUAUUCCAGUUGUGAAUUGAACAAUUUAAGAUU